AAUAAUCCUUUUUUUUAGAGUGUUAAGAAAGAAAAUUUGCAUAACUGGUAUAAAACUAUGUUCAAAUCGCUUCAUAAAGCUGACUCUUCUAAUGAUACACAAGAGUAUAUAAUUGGAUAUAGUUCAGAACCUGAAACAAGUGGGAAAGAUAAAAUGUUGAAAAAGAAAUCUGCAACACUUGAUAGUCGUUUAAGAUAUGACAGUUCUUCAAAGCCUUCUAAUAAUUUGUAUAAGCAGGCGUAUCCCCCAUCUGCAAAAUCGUCCAUUGAAAUUUAUAAUGUUCGGCCUCGUCUUAUAGAAGAUUAUGAGCCUGGACAAUCAUCUGUGACUGAUAAUGACAUCAGAGCAAGUUCAAAAAGAUUUUUGCCUGAGGUGAGAGUACCAAAGCCAACAUAUGAGUAUAAAAAUGGCUAUGAAUCGGACAACAGCUAUAUGCGAAAAGUUGAGCAGCCUGAAGGUCUAACUUCUGAACAGCAGAAAGUUUGGUACAGAGAAAUUCAGCGUGGAGGAGACAUUCCCCAAUUUGGACUUGGAAAACCAGCACCUGAAAAACCAAAAGAACCUACUAUUGGACCUUUACCUCCACCACCAUUAAAUUAUGUGCAACCAUCAUGCCCACAAGCGACAAGACCACAGACACUUCCAGCAGAUUACAUGAAUCAGAAUGACAGUGGUUUUUGCCAACAAAUGAAUGGGGUGUAUGAAGUGCAGAUGAGACAAGCUCUUCAUUCAGAACUUCAACAAAGAAUGUCACCAUGUUCUAGCCAGCUGUCUCCAAACAGAUCUAUAAAAUCACCAUCCAGGUCACCAGAUUUAAGAAUACCAGCUAGAGCUCUGUUUGAUUUUAAAGCAGAAUCUCCAAAGGAAAUUUCUCUGAAGAAAGGUGAUAUGGUGAUGAUUUUGCGACAGUUAGACAAAAAUUGGUAUGAAGGUGAACAUCAAGGUACUAUAGGCAUAUUCCCUAUUUCUUAUGUUGAGAUUGUUCCUCCAGAACAUGUUUCUUCUCCUGUUAAAGCAUCCACAGAUGGUAUAGCUAAAGCAUUGUAUGACUUUGUCGCUCAAACAUCAGUUGAACUCUCUGUGAGGAAAGGUGACACUGUAUCACUGAUAAGAAGAGUAGAUGCUAACUGGUAUGAAGCACGAUUCAAUAACAAAAAGGGUAUUAUUCCUGUAUCAUAUUUACAAGUUUUGCAAGAACCUGUGGAUCGAAAUGUGAACUCGUUAUCUCCAAAAUCAUAUUCAAAUUCUUCCAGGUGUAAUUCUGCAGUCAAUGAUAAAUUGCUAAAAUCAAGUUCUAAUCCUCCUUCACCUUAUUCUGCAAGCACACCAAGUCCUAUCUCAGUAACAGAGGGAAGGGAGAAAUUUCAGAGGGGCAGAAAAGGCAGUUGUCUUGUUGAACCAGUCAUGUAUCGAGCUAUUUACAGUUAUAGCCCUCAAAAUUCUGAUGAGCUGGAACUUCAGGAAGGUGAUACCAUUUGUGUAAUGGAAAUGUGUGAUGAUGGAUGGUACCUAGGAACAUCUGUACGAACUGGAGUAUUUGGCAUUUUCCCAGGAAAUUAUGUCGAGAAAGUUUGAAGAAUGAAGAAAACGCUUCCUCUACUUGUAAAAGCAUAUUUACUUUUGAAGUGCCUUGAACCUUGACUUAGCAUAUGGUGUUUUUGCUAAUCACAAACAUGUAAAUAAUGUAUCAUUAAUUAUUAGUUAUAAAGCUGUUAUUACAUUUCUAGUUCUUUUUUACAUUUAAGCUUCUAAAAAUAAAUUAUAUUCAAAUAAAGUUUACAUUAAUACCUUUA